AGGGGCAGCAUCGCGAGAUUGGGGCGUGGCCAAACCGAUAUAAAUACGGGAAUUCGGGGCUAGCUAUCAGUCUGUCUUCAUUUGUCGGUUUUGGCUGUGUUGGAGAGUUCGUGUAUAAAUUCAGACGUCCUGCGUUGGAAACAUGUCGGCGGCAGUGGAACAGCAGGAGCAGCAACAGAGCGUGGUGGAUCGGAUAAUUAACCUGCCCUUUGUGAGCUCCACUUAUGACAUGGUGUCCUCUGCUUACACCAACACCAAGGAGAACCAUCCUUAUAUAAAGUCAGUGUGUGAUGUUGCAGAGAAGAGUGUGAAGAGUAUCACUUCAGUGGCCUUAACCAGUGCCAUGCCCAUCAUCCACAGGCUGGAACCUCAAAUUGCCAUUGCCAACAACAUUGCCUGCAUAGGUUUGGACAAAAUUGAGGAGAAACUGCCUAUACUUUAUCAGCCCAGUGACAAGAUUGUAUCCAAUGCAUCCGAUGCUGUGGCUGGUGCCAAAGAGACUGUCCUGCAAAGCAUUACUGGGGUUGUUGAUAAAACCAAAGGGGCUGUGCAUGACAGCGUUGAGAUGACUAAAGCUGUUGUGAAUGGCAGCAUAAACACUGUCCUGGGAAGCGGUGUAGUACAAAUGAUGAACACUGGUGUUAAUACUGCACUGACCACAUCUGAGAACCUACUGGAACAGUAUCUGCCACCAACAGAUGAAGAGCUGGCUAUAGAAGCCGCAAAAACUGAGGGAUUUGAAUCUGGAAAGCAGCCCAACUACUACGUCCGAUUGGGAUCACUAUCAACAAAAGCUCGCAAGCGUGCUUAUCAGCAAGCUCUGGGUAGAAUAAGUGAUGCAAAAAGCAGGAGCCAGGAGGCAAUUGCUCAACUGAAUAAGACUAUGGACCUUAUUGAGUUUGCAAAGAAAAAUGUGAAUAGUGCCAAUCAGAAGCUGUACAACACCUGGGUUGACUGGACUAAAAGCUCCGGUGACCCUGCAAACGAGGGAAAUGAGAGUGCAGAGCAAAUUGAAUCUCGCAUCUUAUCAAUGACUCGGAACCUGACUCAGCAACUUCAGACAACAUGCCAUUCCCUGGUGAUGAGUGUACAAGGGCUACCACAGAAUAUCCAAGACAAAACUCAUCGUGUUGGUGCCAUGGCUGGAGAAAUGUACCACAACUUUCGCUCUGCCUCUUCCCUCAAAGAAGUGUCUGAUAACAUCUUGACAAACAGCCGAGGACAGCUCCAGAAAAUGAAGGAUUCUAUGGAUGAUGUAAUGGAUUAUCUGGUCAACAACACACCUCUUAAUUGGCUGGUAGGUCCCUUUUACUCCCAGUUGGCUGGUGAGCAAGAAGGUCAUGAGGCAGCGGAAACCAACAAGGAUUAAAGACUGACUUGACUACAUUAAGUCUUAAGUUACAAUAUGCACUUUUUUUUUUAUUCACAGAUGAACUGUAAUGUUUGUUAAAGCACUGCUCAAACUCCAAUAAGGCUUAUACUAAUGGUUUCAGUACCCGUGUUCAAAGAUUAAUUUUAUUGAGGCAUAAGUUUAAUACUGCGUUGGCCAAUUCACACAAAGUAUUAAUAGCCCACCAAUAACUUUAUACCACCUUUUUCACAUUUUAGAGUGGAGUUUCAUUGUUCAGACACAUCACUGUCUUAUGAAUCAUAUUUUGUAUACUUUUUUUUUUGUAUUUGCAAUAAAUAAUUAAGCAUGA